UGCCGGCUCGCCGCAGACCGCCAGCGGCAGAGGCCGCCCCGGUCGCGCCGCGGCGGGAGCGGCGGGCAAAGGCUGCGCGGCCGGGGGGGAGGGCCGGGGGGAGGGGACGUCGCCCCUGCCCGCAGGCUCCCGAGCCUCAGUCGGCGCCCAGCAUCCCACUGCCGGCACCCUCCCGCGGGCGCGCACCGGGCUCAACUCAGGCUCAGGACUACAGGUGGAUAUCUCCAUUGCCCAGGACUCACUGAGUGCGUGGACAGGACAGGCUCCUCGAAGGCCAGCUCUACCAGAGUCCCACCUAGGCAUGGGCCUUGCCAUUGAGGCAGCCUUGCUGUCAGCCCUGCUGUCUGUGCUGGUCUGAGGGUGCUGCCCGUCAUGGGGGCAGCCAUCUCCCAGGGGGCUCUCAUCGCCAUCGUCUGCAAUGGCCUCGUAGGCUUCUUGCUGCUGCUGCUCUGGGUCAUUCUCUGCUGGGCCUGCCAUUCCCGCUCUGCCGACAUCGACUCGCUCUCCGAAUCCAGUCCCAACUCCAGCCCUGGCCCCUGUCCUGAGAAGGCACCCCCACCCCAGAAACCCAGCCAUGAAGGCAGCUACCUGCUGCAGCCCUGAAGUCCCCUGGCCUAGCGUGAAGUCUGGGACCUAAGUCCACUCCACCCAGAGCCUGGAAUCAGGAUCUCAGUGUCCAGCCAGCCUGGGGUCCGGAACUCAAGAGUCCAGCCUGUCUGGAGCUGAACCUAGCAGCCCACCUUCUAGCC